AUGGAUAGUCCGAAAAAGACAUCCACCCCAGGAGAUAUCACGAUCCGGACACACCGCCCGGGUGACAUGGGUUACAUCACUCAUCGACACGGAACAAUCUACUGCAAAGAAUUCGGCUUUAGCGAGCGCUUCGAAGCUUACGUCGGCAAGAUUACGUCAGACUUCUUACUCAACUACGACCCUCUCAUGGAGCGGUGCUGGCUCGCCGAGAGAGACGGGGCGUUUCUUGGGUGCAUCAUGCUCAUCAAAGACCGAGAAGCACCGGCGAACGCGAGACUGCGAUGCUUCCUGGUGGAAGAAGCUGCUCGAGGGUCUGGGCUGGGAACCAGGCUAAUCAAGCUCUGCAUCGACAUGGCAAGGGAGAUUGGGUACGAGCGUAUUGCGUUGUCGACUGACAAGUUGAUGGCCACUGCCCGUCGACUGUACACUAGUUUCGGAUUCGAGUUGAAGGCUACCAAGGAACACGAAGACUGGGGAGAGAGACAGGUGGGCGAAAUUUGGGAAAUGAGAUUGCGUUGA